CACCAGUAUCGGCCUCUUUAUCCACUCUGUGCUGUACGGGAGCACACGACAGCUGGGUUGGCCUCCUAGACACUAUAGUGCACUGAGAGUAUGGAUGGAGACCAGGAGACGUUCCUCUUCACCAGUGAGAGCGUAGGCGAAGGCCAUCCGGACAAAAUUUGCGAUCAGAUCAGCGAUGCAGUGCUUGAUGCCCAUCUUAGCCAGGACCCUGACGCCAAAGUUGCUUGUGAAACUUGUACCAAAACAGGCAUGAUCCUGAUCUGUGGGGAGAUUACGUCCGAGGCGCAAGUUGACUAUCAACAAAUUGUGCGUGAUAUUGUCAAGAAAAUUGGUUUUGACGAUUCACGAAAGGGCUUUGACUACAAGACCUGCAAUAUUCUCCUGGCCCUGGAGCAACAGUGUGCAGAGAUUGCUAAUGGUGUACACGUUGGGCGCAGUGAUGACGACAUCGGGGCAGGGGACCAGGGACUGAUGUUUGGUUAUGCCACUGAUGAGACAGACGAGUGUAUGCCCUUAACCAUCGUGCUGGCACACCGUCUCAAUCAGAAGAUUGCAGAGCUGCGAAGAAAUGGGACGUUCUGGUGGGCGCGACCUGACUGCAAGACGCAAGUCACUUGCCAGUAUGCUUUCGAUCGAGGCGCUGUCAUCCCCCAAAGAGUGCAUACUGUUGUCGCUUCUCUACAGCACUCGGAACAAAUUACUGUCGAAGCUUUGCGUGACGAGGUUAUGGAGAAGGUCAUCAAGGUAGUUAUUCCUGAAAAAUACAUAGAUGCUGAAACGAAAUACCACAUCAACCCCUGUGGAGAAUUCAUAAUGGGCGGACCACAAGGUGACGCUGGGCUCACUGGCAGAAAAAUCAUCGUUGACACAUACGGUGGGUGGGGCGCUCAUGGUGGGGGAGCCUUCUCUGGCAAAGACUACACAAAGAUGGACCGCUCAGCGGCUUAUGCUGCCCGAUGGGUUGCCAAGUCCUUGGUGACAAACAAAUUAUGCAGACGCUGUUUGGUUCAGGUAUCUUACGCCAUUGGUGUUGCGCAGCCCAUAAGCAUCAGCAUCUUCCACUAUGGUACCUCACAGUACACAUCAAAGCAACUUCUGAAGAUUGUUAAUCACAACUUUGAUCUACGACCAGGACACAUUGUCAAGGAGCUGGGCUUAAAGAGACCAAUCUACAGUGAAACUUCAUGUUAUGGACAUUUUGGUCGGCAACAGUUCUCUUGGGAGCAGCCCAAGAAGUUGACCAUCCCUGAAUUAUAGAAGCACGAAGUUAGUUAACCAUUGUAAAGUUUUCAUUGCAGAACUGGCUGUCAUGCAGUUGGAUUAAAAAUAUACAAUAUAUUUAUUGGAUUAUAUAUUGUUGGAUUAACAAUAUGUUUAUCAAUUAUCUGACUGAAGCGAAAUGUGAAUGCAGUGCAAGUAAUUCAGACAUUUUAACAUCUACAAUAAAAAUAUUUGCUCUUUCAUGCAACGUAA